AUGUUAGAUACAUCAAUAAGCACACAUGUUAUUUCAUGUGAAAAUUAUUUUUACAUGCUAAUCACUAAACCAAAUAACAUCACUAGUAAAACGAAAAGAAUACCUAUUACUGUUACAAUAACAAAAACAUUUCCAAAUCAUAUGGAUAAUAAGAAUGAUAGUGGCGACAAUUACAUAUCUAAUGAUACUUUAUCAUGUAUAUACUAUUCCGUUCCUAACGUAAGACUACAGCAACAGUUUAAGAAUAAUAUAUUAUCCACACCUUUACAAGAAUUUACUGAGAGUGAUUUAUUAAAGGAAUUUACCAAAAAAUUAAGUAUUUUGAUUUGUAAUAAAUUUAGUCUACCUAGUUACGUAGUUACCUCGAGUGAUGUAAAUAUCGAUUCUCCCUUUCAACAAUUUCAGUAUUUAAAACGUUGCAAGCAGGAGUUGGAUCAACUAUAA